AUGGAAGUGGAAGAGGCGUUUACAGUUGUCGGAGAAAUGGGAAUUUACCAAGUAUACCUGUGUUUUCUGCUUGCAUUCUUACUGACGCUGUAUAUAGCUACAGAAACAGUUCUCAUUGCCUUGGUGGGGCUUGAACGGCAGUUUCAGUGGGAUCUACCCGGGCAGUUGAACGAGACCCUGGGAAAUGACCCGGCGUUUCGACACUGGUUGCAGGAGGCCAGUCAAACAGAGGUGCACAGACACCUGCAUUUCAACGGCAGCCAUACUUCAAUAGCCUCCGAGUGGCUUUUGGUGGGUGAUGCUGCCUAUAAGGUUUCCUUGGCAAGUUCUCUUUAUUUUGGCGGUGUGCUGAUUGGUGCAGUCACCUUCGGUCGGCUGUCGGACCAGUUUGGAAGAAAAAGAAUCUACAUCACAGGAUUAACGUUAGAUGCGGCCUUUGGCGUGACCAGUGGACUUGCCCCCUCCUACCAGCUCUUUGCUGCCUCACGCUUCUUGGUGGGCAUCAUGAAUGGGGGUGUAGCUUUGGUGGCGUUCGUUCUGCUGAACGAAUACGUGGGAAGGCCUUAUUGGUCCCUCACAGGAACUCUGGGAAGUGUCUUCUUUGCCGUGGGGAUUGUGUUGUAUGCGAUUUUGGGGUACUACAUUCUCUCCUGGAGAUGUCUGGCUCUGGUGGUAAACCUGUUGGCCGGAUUCGUGCUGCUCCUUUCUCUCUUCAUCCCUGAAUCCCCUCGCUGGCUGUUCUCGCAGGGCCGGCUGACGGAAGCGGAGGACGUCCUGGCCCUGAUCGGCCGGCGGAAUGGCAUUCUGGGCGAGAAGACCCGGGUGUCCCUGGGGCCGGCGGAGAGGAGGGGAGGCAGGGAGAGGGCAGGGGCGCUGGACCUGUUCCGUCACCCCACGCUGCUGCCGCGCACACUUAUAAUGAUGCACGCCUGGCUGGUGUGCAGUCUGCUGUACUAUGGCCUCACGCUGAAUGUUGGAAACAUGGGCGGAAACCUCUACGUCAACCUGGCUUUAUCAGGAUUGGCAGAACUCCCCUCAUAUCCUGUGAGCUUCUACCUGAUUGGCCAAAAGUGGUCGGGAAGGAGAAGGUCCUUGUCUGGGUUUCUGCUGGUAGGAGGGGUCGCUUGCCUCAUCAUUGCAUUUCUGCCUGAUAAACAAGACUCCGGGCUGUUUGUGGUUUUGAACAAACUGACUCUGUCUCUACUGGGGAAGACGGCUGUCAGUGCAGCCUUCAGCAUUGUGUUCAUCUACACCAGCGAGCUCUACCCCACUGUCCUCAGGAACACAGGGAUGGGCGUGUGCUCGAUGACUUCCAGGGUGGGAGGGCUCCUUGCACCAUUCAUCCCCUUUCUGGAGAGGGUCCAGUUGGCCCUACCGUUUGUGGUGCUGGCCGCUGCUGGUAUUUCAGCAGGCAUACUCAGUCUGUUCCUGCCAGAGACCCUCCACCACACACUGCCGGAGAGCCUAUCAGACCUGGAGCAGCCCUCAUGGGGUGUGUCCUACCAGAGACUCAAGGGUGGAGCCAUGCCAGUGGGCAGUGCCGAGGACCUUUGUGAAUGGAAGCGGGAGUCAGGCGAGGAGGAGGAGGAUGAGGAGGAAGAGCUGCUUAGUUCAACUGAACAAAUAUCGCUGAGGAGGUGAGGGGGGGUUCUGGAACGGGUGACUUUUGGACUCCAUGAGCAUCAUCAUCAGAGAGCAAAGCGCCUGCUGGAAAAAAAACAACAGUGGAUUCUGGGAAAAUUGGGCAUUAUAGUCAGUCUGCUCUGUGUCAUGCACUGAAUGCUGGAAGGUGUGUAUGUGUGUUAGUGACACUGUUCUCUCACUUAUUAUUCAGCACCAUCUAAGAUGGAGGGUACUGCAUAUAUAGAGGACAGUGUGUAGUGGUAGAUAAGGA